CAUAGAGUAGAGUUUGGAGCGGUGUCUUGGAAAAAAGUCAAGAACAAGGUGGAGACCAAUUUUUUGGAAUUAAUUGGUUUUCGAAAUUUCUCCCCCUGACCGCGAUAUCCUAUAGGAAAGCCGAAAACAAGAUAAGAUGGCGAAAGCGGUUUCAAACUUGGUCAGCCGGGCGCCGGAAAUGGCAGGAUUGAUGCUCCAAAAUGCCAAGCCUAAAUUCGCCGUUUUCUUGAAAUACGCCAAAGUGGAGUUGGCCCCACCCACUCCGGGUGACAUCCCAAAAGCCCUCGGUGGUAUUCGAAACACCUUGAGCUCAUUUCGUACCGGUAGAUAUAAGCAACUCACUGUCAAGGAGGCAACUUUGAACACGCUUGUCGCAGCCGAAGUAGGAUUCUGGUUUUUCGUCGGUGAAUGUAUUGGACGCCGCCACUUGGUUGGAUAUAAAGUUUAACUGACUCUUCAUUUAAUAAUAGAGAUUUAAAAUAGAUAAUUACUAUCCAAUGAAUUAAUUCGAUUGUAAAUCAAAACAAAAGCAGCCAUAGUCAUUUGAGUUGAGAAAAACUGAUUCCGUUCCGGGGGGCUGUUGAAACGUAAUAGCUGUAGUACACUUUCCUCGGGCCACUCUUGUAGAAAUAAAAAUUUAAAUAUGUAAAUA